AUUGAGAGACCCCGAAGUGGUGGCAGCCCUCCUUCAGCAGAAUGUCAAGAUGGCGCGUCUACUCCCUCCCACAGGCACCGAUGUGUUCCACCCCUUCACUUUGGAGUCGCUCGCCGAGAUCGAGCGGCGGAUGGCAGAAGAGGCCGCCGAGCAGGAGCAGAUGAAGGCCCAGAAUGUCGAGGUGCCUGAGGAGGAUCUGCCCAAACCCAGCAGUGAUUUGGAAGCAGGAAAGGCCCUACCGUUCAUCUACGGAGACCCUCCGCCGAAUCUCCUCAAUGUUCCUCUGGAAGAGUUGGAUCCAUUCUACAAAGCAAAAAAAACGUUCAUCGUGAUCACCAAAGGGAAUACAAUAUACCGAUUCAAUGCUGAACCUGCAUGCUACUUUCUAAGUCCAUUCAGCCCCAUUCGACGUGUGGCCAUAAGAAUACUCAUACAUUCAUUAUUUAGCAUGUUCAUCAUGAUAACCAUCUUGUCAAACUGCGUGUUCAUGACGAUGGGUGACCCUCCAGCAUGGAGCAAAAUAGUAGAUCCGUAUCCGAUCAGAUGGUGGAUCAGCACCAAGAGAUGUCUGCAGCCCUGAUCGUCAGCGGA